AUGACAUCAAUUCAACGACACGAUGCUCCAACUGUUUUUCUUGAACUUUCACCACAUCCAGUUUUGGCUACAUCUAUUCGAGAAUGUUAUGAAUCGGCAAAUAGUCAACCACUUAUUCUUCCAACAUUGAAACGAAAAGAAAAUGAACAAAUAACAUUACUUACUAGCCUCGCACAAUUAACGACAUCGCCCUAUGUUUGGGAACAAUAUUUUCAUACUCGAGAUAUAAUACCGAUAGUAGAUAAUGAGCAACUAUUUGAUGAUUUUCCAUUGUAUGCAUUUGAUCUUAGUUCAUGUUGGUAUGAAUCAAAAAAUUCAGUUAUGACACGUUUGGCUAAUCGUAUUCCUAUUCAUCCUCUACUUGGUGUUCGUCAAUUAACAGGACAAACAAGUGCUACAUGGAAGAGCCUCAUCAAUAUUAAUCUACCACAAUAUGCUUACUUAAUAGAUCACAAAAUUGAAGAUACAAUUCUCUUUCCUGCUGCUGCUGCUUAUCUUGAACCUGUAACAGCUGCCUAUCACCAAUUAUUUCUAUCAUCAGAUAACAAGCAAUCUUCAAUUGCUUUGAAACAAAUUAAAUUUGUCAAAGCUCUCGGUCUUAGUGAGCAUGAGCUAACAGAAGUGUUCACACAAAUUGUCGUAACAGUUCGUGGAUGGUUUGUCUACAGUCGACCAUGGACAUCAGCUAGUUCAGAUUGUAUGCGUUCAUCAGGAAUGGUACGUAUUGAUGUUCUCGAUUCUUUUACCGAUCCAGAAACUCUUUAUCAAUAUUCAUUACGUGAAUUCACUCUACAUGCUCAUAGUCAUAUUGAGAUGGAUAGUGUUCAACAAAAAUUAACAACACUACUUUUUACCUGCCCAACUUACAAUACCUGGUCCACAACUAUUCCAACUAGUAUUUAUAGGGUGUCAGUAUUUUAUUUACGCACUCUCGCAUCCACCCACACCCUCAAGAUGGUUUAUGUAUCCCAGCGAACACUCAACUAUUGUAUUCCGUCGAACAAUGGUUCGCUUGAUCCGAAAGAGAAAGAAAGAUGGAAGGCAAAUUAUGCCCAUGUUCGACACGAUAUGAUGCAAACAACUGGUGCCCUUUUGGUUGAUGACACUCGAAACUAUCCUGCAUUGAGUGUAACACCAAAAGAAAGCGACGAAGUAUAUGAGUCGGCAUGGAAGAAAGGUGGAAAUGCAUUUACACUACCUUUCACUGAUCUCCAUAUCAACAAAGAAGCCAAUGAAACAGUAUCAAAUUUUAUUAAGUCUAAGAUACGCGCAACUGUCAACGAUCCUACUACUACCAGACUCUUGUUACCAUAUAAUUAUCUUUUUGGUAUCAGACGUCCCUGUAGUGGUACUGAUUAUUAUGAAACAUUUAAUCGCGAUAAUAUCACACUUGUCGAUCUUCGGUAUAGAAGCAUCGAUGAAAUUCAGACAAUAGGAGUUCGAGUUGGGAACAAGACAUAUAAAGUAGAUGACAUCGUUCUUGCACUUGGAUUCGAUGUCUGCACUGGUGCAUUGCUCAGUAUAGACAUCUACGGUCGAUCAGGCAAGACACUUCGAGGAAAAUGGAAAAAAGGAUGGCGUACUUAUCUAGGUCUGAUGAUCGCUGACUGUCCAAACUUAUUUACAAUUAGUGGCCCCGGUGCUCCGUCUGACUUAGCUAAUAUGGCUCCAUAUAUCGGACAACAUGUUAAAUGGAUAACAAAAUGUUUGGAAUAUCUACGAACGCAUGAUAUCAAUAUAAUAGAACCUUCUCUAGAAGAAGAGAAUACCUGGGUUAAACAUGUAAAUGAUGUUGUCGAACAUCCAAGUCAGUCUACAACGGGACAAAUAUUCCUGGAAAACCACGAGUCUUUAUACCUUAUGUAG